UCUGCUGCACCUCCUGAAUAAUGAAUGAGUGACGCGCACAUUGCGGCUCUCUGACUCGACCGAAAGCUCCUCCUCUCUCGCUCCAAACAGGCUUUAGGAAGUUAUAGGACACAGUGCCUCUCUUAUUGUUCUUGAGCAGGCCUGGGAAUAGGAGAGCUGCGCUGUUUUGACGCAGUUAAAUGGGUGAUUACGGGUUCGGUUUGUUGCAGACAGCGAACAUCAGCAGCAGCUCCACACGGCUCGGCGGAGGCGCAUUCACACCCUAUCCCAGCGCGUCUCCGGUGCGCCCCAGCAGCUCGCCUCUGGUGUCCCCUCUUUUCCCGUCACAUCAGCGCAACAUGCAGGAUGAGCCUGCGGGGCUGACAGCUUCUCAGUCCAACAGCGAGCAGAGCAGCGCCGCCGACAGCGACCUGAGCCGCUUCUCCGCUGUAGGUCACGCACAGACAGCCGGUGACCUUCAGCUCGACCGGAACAUACAUCAGCAGGCUGAGCCGCCGAAGCAGCAGCAACAACAGCCGUACUCCUCCUCCUCCUCCUCUUCUUCCACGGGCCUGGACACCGAUGCGCCAUCGUUCAAGGUGAAGACCCAGAUGGAGUCUCCCAGCGCCCACCACAUUAACAACGGCACCGGCGGCAGUAACAUGCUCGCGGCCGCUUUCCCGGAGAUGCAGAACCCCGGCGGCGGCGGCGGCUCGGUUUCCCCCACCCUGCCCGCCUUCGGAACGCCGUGGUCCGUGCAGACGAGCUCACCGCCUCCGCCCGUCUCCAGUUCCGCUAACGCAAUAAACCCGAUCCCCACCACCGAGCCUGACAACUUCUACCCGGGCAUCCCCUCCUCUAUCAACCCCGGUUUCUUCCAGAGCUUUUCGGCCAACCCGUGCCCAGUGCAGGGCUUCAGCAGCCCCUUUCCCCCCCAGAUCAACGUCCCCCCGCAGGCACCGCAGAGCCGCCGGUCCCCGGUCAGCCCGCAGAUCCCCCCGCAGCAGGGCGCCUUUCUGCAGCAGAGGAACAACUACAACCACCACCACCAGCCCAUGAUGAAGCAGUCGCCAUGGGGCAGCCAUCAGGGCAGCGGCUGGACCUCUGGAGGGGUGUCCUGGGGCAGAGACCACCGGCGUGGGGGCGGCAUGGGUGUGCCCGGCUCGAUCAACCAGAUCUCUCCCAUGAAGAAACCCUUCUCCAGUAACGUCAUCGCCCCGCCCAAGUUUCCCCGCUCCGCCGGCUUUCUGGGACCUAAAUCCUGGAUCGAAGAAAACAUGUUCCGUACCGACAACAACAGCAACACUCUGCUGCCGCUGCAGGAUCGGUCCAGGAUGUAUGACAGCUUGAACAUGCACUCCUUGGAGAGCUCCCUGAUCGACAUCAUGAGGGCGGAGCAGGACCCACUGAAGGGCCGUGUGGGAUGUCCCCACCCAGGCGCUGACAGCCUACUCAUGCUCAAUGCCAGGAGCUAUGGGAGACGACGAGGACGUUCCUCACUCUUCCCCAUUGAUGACGGUCUUCUAGACGACGGCCAUGGCAACCAGGGGGUCCUGGGGUCUCCUCACUGUUACCCCCAUCAGAACGGGGAGCGCAUUGAGAGGUUCUCCCGCAAAGUGUUUGUGGGUGGUCUGCCCCCUGACAUCGAUGAAGAUGAAAUCACAAGCAGUUUUCGACGCUUUGGUCAUCUGGUUGUUGAUUGGCCACACAAAGCAGAGAGCAAGUCUUACUUCCCCCCUAAAGGUUACGCCUUCCUCCUGUUCCAAGAAGAGAGCUCAGUUCAGGCGCUGAUCGAAGCCUGUCUGGAGGAGGAUGGGAAACUCUACCUGUGUGUGUCCAGCCCCACCAUCAAAGACAAGCCCGUCCAGAUUCGUCCGUGGAACCUGAGUGACAGUGAUUAUGUGAUGGACGGAUCUCAGCCGCUGGACCCUCGUAAGACCAUCUUUGUUGGAGGAGUGCCACGUCCACUCAGAGCUGUGGAGCUGGCCAUGAUCAUGGACCGCUUGUAUGGUGGAGUGUGUUACGCGGGUAUUGACACUGAUCCAGAGCUGAAGUACCCAAAGGGGGCGGGGCGUGUGGCCUUCUCCAAUCAGCAGAGCUACAUCGCUGCCAUCAGCGCCCGAUUCGUCCAGCUGCAGCAUGGCGACAUCGACAAACGGGUGGAGGUGAAGCCGUACGUGCUGGACGACCAGCUGUGCGACGAAUGCCAGGGAGCACGUUGUGGCGGAAAGUUCGCCCCGUUCUUUUGCGCCAACGUCACCUGCCUGCAGUAUUACUGCGAGUUCUGCUGGGCAAACAUCCACUCCCGCGCCGGCCGCGAGUUCCACAAGCCGCUGGUCAAAGAGGGAGCCGACCGUCCCCGCCAGAUCCACUUCCGCUGGAACUGAAGACGGGGAUCCCGGGAGCGGCAGCAUGCAAGGCGACACAGAAACAACACGUCUGCUGCGGGAAAAAAAUAUGCUUAGUUUGGCCUCUAACCCAAGCUGUCAGUAUAGAGUACAUAACCAUAUACAGUAUAUAGAUAAUAUAUAUAUGACUAUAAAUAUAUGAAUAUAUCUUUAUCUUUUGUAGCAGCCAGAAACACUACAAGCCUCAGUUUAUUUCACCAAACCACUUCUUUAUCCUCCCUCCCUGUACAUCUCAGGCUCGGAACAGAGUUUUUGUGGUACGUUCAUGUUUUUUUAAAAAGGAGAUUAAGAAAAAAAAGAGAUUGAUUUUUUUGUAGUUUUUUCAAAUUAUUUUUAUAUGUGAAAUUUAAAAAGUAGAAACGAGAAUGUUUUCGCUUGGGGGGGCAGCCUGUCCGUACUGUUCAUUCGUUCUGUCCGUCGUGUGUCUGCUGCUAAAUCCCCCCCUAGUGGGCAAAGUGCGCAAUUGUCUCUGGAAAACCCUUGAUGACGUAAUCUCUGAUGCCUGCCCUGGAUCUCCAACCAAAGGUAGCAAAACGUGCGGCCUGAAAAUAAGACAUUUGCCGUGGAAUAUAUACAAAAGAAAGAAAAAAGAAGAAUAUUUCCCCCUUGAUGUUUCGCUCCAAUGUGCUCUUAGCAGGAAUAGGAAUGAUUCAAUAACAAAUUACUGAGACUUUCCAUUUUCCACUGGCAAAAAGAAAACAAUACCUCAGAAUAUUAAUCUGGCUUGUUAUUGCUCUACUCUUGCAAUUUAAUCACAAGCUAUAGAAGAAGCUUUGCUGCUAUAUAGGAUAUAACGAAUAGAUAGUGUCGGUGUUCUAUGUAAUGCCAUUGUGACGUCACUGGUGAUGUCAUACACAGAAAUGCAGUCCGUUCCCUCUCGCACGGUAUGGCCGAUCGUCGCCAUGGAAACACAGAAUGUGAAAACUUAUGUGCAUGUUUGUGGCUGUACAUCAUUUGCAUGCAGUGUAAAGGUUACCAGCACAUAUAAGAAAGAAAAAAAAAAACACAAUCAAAACACAAUGCAUAUAUUAACAGAGGAAUUUAUGUAGCAUGAGGUAAAAAAAGGUCAGACUCUUAGAUAUAAGAUUAUAUAAUAACAUAAUAUCGAAAUGAAAAAAAAAAGUUACAUUCUUCGUAAAACUUUGCAUGCAUUGUUGUGAUGAUUCCUUUACGAACUUAUUACGAAAGAAGUGACGUUAGUUUUUAGAGUAGUGAGUUCUGCCUUUUUGUAACUUGAUAACUAGUCAAGAGACGGUGUGCUGUCCUGUGGUUUUCGUGUCUCGUCUUCGUGCGAUGUGAGUCUAGUUAUGAAUUGAGGUUUCAGUUCUAUUUAAACUCUAUAAUCCAGAGGAUCGUCUCUGGACAUUUAACCUUUGCCCUUCCUGAACACCCCUGAAUGCCACCCCCCAUUUACUGCGAUAGAGCGCAGGACAAGGACGUUCUCCCUGGUAGCUUUGAUAUGAUGUAGUUCGUAGGGAUUCGCGAAGGAAUCUUACCCGUGGUCAUUGUCUGUGUGUGGUGGGCGGAGCCUAGCGCCGCAUUUCGUAGUUUAAUCUCUGGACAAAAUCUGAGGUGAAGAAAAGAGAGGAGAGAAACGUCACAAAAGGAACCCUGUGGUGAAAUGUUUUGUAGCGUUUGCGUUUUCGAUCGGAUCAGUCUUAUGGACAAUCUCUACAGAAGCAAUGGUCGUUUGGUACUGUACUGCUCUUUCUGUCUGUCGUUCUUUUUGCACUCUAUAUAUCCUUGUGUUCUCGGGUUUGGUGAAGAAUUCAGUGCCCUUGUUGUACUGUCGAGUUCGUGUCUGUGAUUUAAACUUUCAAGUGUCAACAGUGAGCUGAGAUUGUGUGUUUAUUUAUUGUGUAUAUGUGUCUAUUUAUUUGUUAAUGUGUCGCCUGUUUCCAGACUCUUGAGGACGCGUGAUGCACUACCUUUUUGAUUUCUCUCCUCUCUUUUCUCCUCUAAGAGAACAAUCCCUCUUUUUCCUGACGUUUGGAGUCGAACGCAAAACAGUGUCUUUAAUUUUGUAUCACAUCACCUUUUUUGUAUACUAUUUGGUUGUAGAAUAAUUGCAACCUGUUUUAAGUCUAUUGGAUAAUUUAAAUAUCAUUAUUUUUUACAUAGUAACUUAUUUGAUUUAUUGUGUAAGACGCUGGACCCAGAUUCUAUUUAAGCGAUUACGGCAAUCUACCGUACUGUACUCGGAGUAAGUAGCGAAGGUGUUUCUGGGAGCUAAACAAGAUGGCCACUUCAUCGUCAUCAUCGUCUUUCGCUCUGUCGGUGACGAGUAGCGCGCUCCAUUUUUCGUGUUCAACACUGUUGCUUCGUAAGUGUGGGUUUUUGUUGUCGUCGUCGUCGUUUUGAAAAAUCAUAUUUAUUUGACUAUUUUUGUAGACAGAUAACUAUUUGAUUUAAAUUGUAUUUUUCUAUUUCAGUAGACCUCUGACUCUCACUUGAUUUGCCCACGUAUUUAUGAUUAUGUUCACACGCACUGGAAGAUGCAAAAGGAGUUUUUUUUUUAUCAUCCGUGCAGUUGUGUGUGUCUGUGUGUGUGUGUGUGUGUGUGUGUGUGUGUGUGUGUAUAUGAAUCUAUUUAUGUAUUGUUGCUUAGCACACAUCGAUUUGAUUACUAUUUAAGUUGGUCGUGUAUUUAAUUUGAAGGAAGGAAGCAUUGAGGGUUCUACUAUGUUCAUGGAAAACACUUGAGACUCUCCCUGGUUAGAUGGAGGGGUAUCAGCCGUCCCCUCACUGAUACUCAGAAACUUGAAUAUAACACAUUUUGAAAGGCUUACUAACCUCGAAUCUGUGUUGUGACGUGCAAUACUGUUUCUAAUGUUUGUAUAAAAAAAAGUGAGAAUUGCAGUGUAUACCUUUUUAAUGCAGAUUUAUUUUUUUCAUUGCAUAUUUUGCAAAUUUCUGAUUCACAGUGUCAUUUUUUACUGUCAGAAAAGAUGAAACCCCUUUUUUUCAUUGCAACUAUUUUUAAAUCCAGAUAUCUUUGUACUGAUGUAAAUGAUUGUAGUUAUUUUGGAUAGUGUUUUGCUAACAAAAGGAGAAACUUUUUCAUGCAUAUUUCUAUUUCUUUUUUGUUUGUUGGUUUGUUUUUUGUUUCUUUUUUUUUUACUCUAAUAGUAGCUAAAUAUUUGGGAUAAUUUUUCAUAUUAUAUGUCAUUAAUAUUAUUUUGUAUUUUUAUGUGGAAAGAUAUAAAUAUAUAAUUUUAUGAUGCUAACUGCUAAAAUAUUAUUUCAAUUUGAAUUAUUUUUAAAGCUAAAAUCUUUGUAAUAUUGUUAAUGUUCUAGUUUCUAAAUCAAGUUUGUGUAUAGAUUCACACAAGUGGUUUAUGAAGUGUUCAGACUGUAAUUAUUACCGAAUGGCUCUUUGAUAUGCAAACUGAAUAUCAUGUUGUUCCUUAUUUUGAUUUGUUUUGUAUUUAAAUGGGGUGUUGAUUACAGUCUUUUUCUUUCAUUUCCUGAAUAAAGACCCAUUCUGUUCAGACACAA